UAAGAGGCGCUGUAACACUCAGGAAUCAUCAGCUAUUAGCGCUCCGUCACUGGACUGUACAGUGUCCUUCGUCCGCGCACAGAAAAUAAUAUUUAGAUAGCUGCUGUUUAUUAUACUCGAAAAAUAUGUCUACUACGACCGGUGGCGGAGAGUUUGGCAACCCUCUGCGGAAAUUUAAGCUGGUUUUCUUGGGCGAGCAAAGCGUGGGCAAAACUUCACUUAUCACCAGGUUUAUGUAUGACAGCUUCGAUAAUACAUAUCAGGCAACUAUUGGUAUAGACUUUCUGUCAAAAACCAUGUACUUGGAAGACCGCACGAUUCGGCUACAGCUGUGGGACACUGCUGGGCAGGAACGCUUCCGUAGCCUCAUUCCCAGUUACAUCAGAGACUCAGCAGCCGCAGUGGUGGUCUAUGAUAUAGCAAAUCUCAACUCCUUCCAGCAAACCUCAAAGUGGAUAGAUGAUGUCAGAACAGAGAGAGGAAGUGAUGUCAUUAUCAUGUUGGUUGGCAACAAGACAGACUUGGCUGAUAAAAGGCAAGUGUCAUUAGAGGCAGCAGAGAAAAAAGCCCGGGAUCUGGGUGUGAUGUACAUAGAGACCAGCGCCAAAGCUGGUUAUAACGUCAAACAGCUGUUUCGUCGUGUUGCUGCAGCUUUGCCUGGAAUGGAUAGUACGCCAGAGAAAAGCAAAGAGGACAUGAUCGACAUCAAACUGGAGAAGCCUCCAGAGCUGCCCGUUACCGAGAGCAGCUGCUCGUGCUAGUAACCACCCUCGGCCCCCCACCAGGUCCUGCGUCCCCCUCACUCCACCCCCUCACACACAAACAGCUUGCCUCUCAGUGGUCACUCGCUCCUCUCACGGCCCCGUGUCAUGAGCGGAGAACCCUUUCUUUCUCUUCGACUCAGUGACUUUUCAGAGUAACCGUGUGGAUGUGCUUUUACUCUGUAUUAAAAUGGAUUCCAAAAAUGCAUAUAUUAUUAACGAAAAAAGUCAAAUCACAGCAUAAAUUAAAUGCUAAAACCAUUCAGAUCCUCAUCUGUUCUGGCUGCAUGGCAUUAUAUGGGAUUGCAGACUGACUUAAGCUCAUAUGCUCUUAAGUUUUCACACAUCAGUGCCAUCAUAGUUGUGAAGUUAACAUGUUUCAGAGCUGGGGCUGAUGUUAUAAUUUUUAGGCCUUUUUUGCCUUCUUUUUUAAUUUCACUGGAGGAAGAAUUUCUGGCUGUUACUGCUUCAGAUAAAAAAAAUUAACUUUGUUUUUUUACAUGAACAUUACACUAUUAUUUUGUUUGUGUUUUUUGGCAGAAGUUAUUUAAAAGAAAGAUACAGAACGAAUCUCUUCAAUUUUGUCGUGAAAUAUCACCAUGGACACAAUAUUCUGUAUAAUUGGAUGCUUCCAUGUUAAAUAUGGUAUUAGGGACCAGAUAUCAUUUUAAAGUUGUUUUGUUUCAGGAUAUAUACAUGUAUGGACAAAGAAAUUAGCAGUUUUGUUUGCGAUAAGCCUCAUUCUGGACAGGCUAAUUUUAUAUACCGAAAUCUUUGGAGGGUUGCAUGGAAGUAGAAUGUAUUGAGCUGUGGGGG